CCCCUAACAUCGGAACCCGGAUGGAUGACUUCACUAUUCUGCUUGGGUUUCCUUUAUGAUCCUGGGAUCCCCCAGCAUUUCCCUGCAGUCCUUUCCGAAGGGAAAAGUGAAGACAGCGCUCCCCUAUUGUUCUUUACAUCGAACACACACAUCACGGCACUCGCACUGCUUUGGGUCUGCGCCUUGUGAGGCUAGCUGGGAAAAGUAAAUCCAGCCGGAGAUCGUCACAAAAAGGAGGUGCUGCUAUCUUUCAGUGUCUGCGUCUCCUUGAUAAUCGCCAACGAUAUUUGUUUCCCAAAUUGGUGCUUCGAGUCAGCCUCAUUUAGCUCCGUGAUGUCCGAGGUCUUGCCGUACAGCGAGGGGAAAAUGAGCGGGUAUGGAGGGGACGGUGACGUGGGUCAAAUUUCCUUCAGCUGCGGGCUGCAAGAUACAAAUUCGUUCUUUGGAGCAUCGCAAGCAAAAAGACCACCUAAACUUGGGCAGAUCGGGAGAGCUAAGCACGUGGUCAUCGAAGACGACCGGAUAGACGAGGUUCUUAAGGGAAUGACGGACAAAUCGUCCCCUGGCGUUUAAACGUGAGCGAUGCCUUCCAGAUUUAUCAUUUUAAUCACCAGUUUGAAGCACUUGACGGCUGUGCAUGCGUUUGAGAGUUGUGAGACGGAAUGAAGAUGGCAUGAAGCGGAGAAGAGAAACAAAGAGCAGAAAGAGAAAGAAGGGAUGGUACGAAGGGGAUAGCGAGAGGGAAACGUUCCGAGAUUUAUUUUGUGAUUGCUGGCAAUUCUACAAACGAGGCUCGUUUUAAACAAUUGGUGCGCGGGCGGAUGUCGAAGAUGGCUGAUUUCGUGCAGCUCCGUCUUUCAACCUCUGUCGACGUAUAGCAACAGAUGAAUUCGCCAUUUCACCACCAUCUUCUAAAAAGCGCUAUAAAACAACAAACACCAUCAGAACGACCAUGAAGACAACUGGAAACUGAAUCUAAUUUAGAGAACUGCUAUAGCUGUGCAGUAGCUUCUCAAAACCCAUUCAUCAUCUUUCCCUGGUACACCCGUAAAAUAAAAAAGAGCUGUCCAUUUCAGAACUGUACAAAGGCAGACUGCAUUCCGAUUGCUGCUAGCUGAUUGCUUUGGCCAGACUGAAGCUGCUGAAGUCCAGUCUACAACAAAGUCUGUCCGUAUGUAACAAUGGAAAACUGGCGGAAAGACGAGACUUUUAAGGCCUAUACACAUACACAUACACACAUAGGCUACUUAUUUCUCACUUUUUGUCUGUUGACGAAAAGUAGCCUAUUACAUUCCCCCUUUUGUAAUAAAACUUUAGCCUAAAGAUGGGCGCUUGUCAGUUCCACAUCGAAAAUCGGAAUACAGUAUUUCGUUCAACGCUAACAGGGAUAGUUAUACAAACAAACAACAACAACUAAGAAUAAUAAUGGUAAUAACAAUAAUGAACAAGACAUGCGUGAGAAGAUUUUAUUAUCAGUAGUUUUGAUUAUAUGAUUAUUUACGUUUUGUCGUCUUACACAUUGUAACGGUCUUCUUCAUAUCAGCAUGAACUUUUGCUCUGGUGCCAGCGUGGGUGUUUCCACCAUUCUUAAUCACAGUCGGCACGCUUCUUUUUAACCAGAUUCAUAUUUGUAUUUUUAUAUCUAAAUAUUUGUCAUUCAAAAUGAUGUGCUAGUUUAACGUUAUAUGAGUCAUCUAUGAGAAGAUUUAAGCUAAAGAUUGAGCAUAAUGAAGUAUCUAAGAUCGGUUUUGUCCAUCUCAUUCAAUAUCGAGAUUGGAAAGAUGUUAAAGGAGACUUUUUGAAUGUGUCUUGGAUUUUGUACAAAUCAAUGUUAAAUUAUUAUAAAGAAAUAUACUGUGAUUUUCUUUAUGGAGUUAGAAAUUGAGGUUUUUAUCAUUUUUAUUCUAUUCAAGAACAUCCUCAGAUAACACGGUUAUUUGACAGAUUCUUUAAAAAAACAUUAUAGUUGUGAGUUAUUUUUUACUAUUAUUUUUAAAGUGUUAGUUUUGCAUGAGUCCCUUCACAUUUUCAAUAAUUAUGAAAAGAAAGCAAGAAAAUUGUCAUUACAUUCUAAGAAUGAUUCAUUGUAUAUCAUAAUACCAUUUCACUGUAUUUGGUGAAGUAAUAAAUGGUGAUAGAUCCUGUAAAAACUG